UGACCCAGGGAUCUGUGAGAGUGAUAAUAUUGUGUCUGGCGCGACAAUAUCACGCCGUGUUAUGACAUCCAUUGACUCACAACAAGCGUAAGAAUCGUGACAAGUCCGACUGGUGUGGUGACACUGAGGCGCACUGGCUAACCUUUGAAAGAGUGAAGAUAUCGACUUAAAGAUGAAGAAGGUUGCUUACUGGACGUCCUACCGCAUGCGAAUCGUCGCCGCCUCUUUCCUCAUGUUUAUGUCUCUAUACAUGAUGCGCACGAACAUCAGCGUCGCAAUUGUCUGCAUGGUAAACCACACAGCCCUAGAAGAGCAGGGAUUGGAGGAGAACAGCUCUGACGUCAUACUGGCGCCGGAAUGCGGUAGAAACAUCACCGUGGAGCAACAGGACGGCGAAUUUCUCUGGGACAAAACCACGCAGAGUCUCGUCCUGUCGUCGUUCUUCUGGGGCUACAUUGUCACGCAGAUCCCCGGCGGCAUAAUGGCCAAGCGACUCGGACCGAGGUGGACAUUCGUUGGAUUUAUGUACGUUAAGGUGCGAGCAGAACCCCAUGACCACGCGAUGCAGGCUAGACUAGCGCGGAUGCGUAGCAUUUCUCUGUGCGCAUCUAGUGCUAUACCUACAGGCGUCGCGUUUGCAUGCUACCAAGGCCUGCUAAGCACCUGGGCACCCCCUAACGAGCGCAGUAGGAUGGUUUCCUAUGGCGUCGCGGGCACACACAUUGGCAACGUGAUCACGCUGCCGCUAGGUGGCAUACUGUGCGCCUACGUGAGCUGGGAUUCGAUAUUCUAUAUACUCGGUGGCGUUGGCUGUAUCUCGUGUCUGCUGUGGUUCAUUACCGUCUAUGAUUCGCCGCAGGAGCAUCCCCGCAUCAGUGAGACGGAGCGAGCUUUCAUUCAGCAGUCAUUAGCUGGCCAAGUUCACAAGCGCGAGAAAAUGCACACGACAAUACCGUGGUUCGACAUACUCACGUCUCCGCUUGUGUGGCUAAUGGUAUACACUAGCGCCACCUACACGUGGGGUCUGUACACGCUGAUGACUAACUUACCUACGUUCAUGUACGAGGUUCUCAAAUACGACAUGGCUGCGAAUGGUUUUCUGUCGGCAUUGCCCUACGUGUCGGUGUUCGUAGCACAGUACAUAGCUGGCACCCUGGCAGACGUCAUGAUUACACAUGAGUACUUGUCGAGGACGUGGGUGAGAAAGACUUGGACGGCAAUCGCUCUCCUCGGCAGCAGCUCGUUUCUUGUCGCCGCGAGUCACGUGAGCUGCGAGAGGGCUUGGCUGGCAGUGCUACUCGUCACCGUCGGCAACGUCUCCAGCGGCUUCUGCUACGGCGGCAUCGGCGUCGCCCACGCCGACGUCGCUCCGCGAUUCUCAGCCAUCUUGGUCGGCAUCUUCAACACUGCCGGUUCCGCUUCCGGUAUCGUCGCGCCGUACAUAAUCGGCGUUCUGACGCCAAAUCACUCGGCCGCGGAGUGGCAGACAGUUUUCUACGUCAAUUUCGCCAUACAAGUGUCGGGCGCCAUCUUGUUUGGUGCGUUCUUCUCCUCCGAUUUAUUACCGUGGGCCGCAGUGAAAAGCGACGACGACGACGAUGACGAUACCGCGCCGGCGCCGACGCACAUGUCGUCGGCGCUUGUCAUGCAAAGCAUAUUUCCGCAGAAAUGCUACGACAAUAAUUUAUCGCAAAAUGGGAGAAAGCAAGACACUGAAUCGACACCAGAGGGCGACCGCCUGUGA